UAAAUGGGAUUCAUUGGAAUAGGUUGUUUUUCCUGUUCACAUUUUAUAACACGUGGGUAAAAUAUCCGCCAAGGAUACUGCACUCCAUCAAGGUAUCAUUCAUGACUGAAAGUGUGAUAUGAAGAUAGGACCAGCAGCCUGACCAACAGCUUGACCACUCAUGAUCAAAUACCAGUUCCUUUCCGGCUCAGAAGUGGUGGGUCCCAGAUCAGUUGGUGUCUCAUGCCCGGAAAGGGAUGACCGAUCAUAAUCAUCUGAAUUUUUGUUUGUAUCAGGAAAUGGUGUUCAGCAUUUCUUGACAGCCUGCAACUGAAUAUUCAGAUGUCUUAUAACUGAUGAGUUCAAAUUUAUUGAAUUCUCACAUAUAAAUAUAUAUAUAUAUAUAUAUAUAUAUAUAUUGGACUGGAGAACCCAAUUCUACUGGAUAUAAUUUUUAUGAUGCUCCAUGCUUAAUUGUUGUUUAUAUGUUUUCUAGCAAAAAAAAUCAUGAACAUCACUCAUAACAGCAGUGUGGAAGUAGUUCCAUUCCAUGAGAGACUGGUGAUGGCGUGUUUCUACAUCGUAGUAGCGACGUUUGGGACAGUCGGCAAUGUGCUGGUCAUCAUAGCAAUUUCAUUCUCCAAGAAGCUCCAGAACCCAACCAAUGCCUUUGUGCUAAGCCUUGGCUUUGCAGACCUGUUGGUGUCUACCAUGCAGCCUCUUCAGGUGGUAGGCCUCUUGGCCAAAGAUGGCUGGCCCCUGACGGAUCAGGUAUGCGAGAUGGCUGGAUCAACCAUUGUCAUUUCCAUAACGAGUAGCGUCAUCACCCUUGCCAUGAUCUCUAUAAACAGGCACUGCUUGAUCACCAAGUCCCGCAAGGUCUACGUAUCCAUCUACCGAGGGCGCAACAUCUUCCUCAUGGUUCUCAUCUCCUGGCUUCUUCCAAUUGGCAUUCUUAUCAUCCCCCAAGCUGCUGGAUACGGUAAACUCGGAUAUGACAAGUUCACCCAUCUCUGUGCUUGGGACUUUGCACAUCCACUUGCAAAAUUCUAUCAGAUUAUAGCAGCCAUGAUUGGAGUCUUCUCCUACUCGAUCAUCCUGGUCUGUUACUCUCUCAUAUAUCUUCAUCUCAAGAGGCACUCCUUGUCCUUGCAGCGUCAUUCCAGUAACCUCUCUACAAAUCGGAUUGACAGCAAGGUUAAGGUCAACAUCAAGAUCACAAAGAACCUUUUCUACAUCGUCUGCGUCUACAUGGUUUGCGUGGUGCCCUACAGUAUCUGUCUCAUAGCAAUAUCUGAAACCAACAGUCUGGCUCGUCAUGCCUCUCUGUACCUUGCUCUUAUCUUGGUGAUGAACAGUUGUGCCAAUGUCAUCAUCUACGGAUUAAAGCAUCCGCAUUUUCAAAUCGUCUUCAAGUGCAUCAUCACAUGCAAUUUGAGCAAGAUACCUAAGCCAUCUGCAUUCCUGAGAUUUCUCUUGAACCAGAAGUCAGAAUCUCACCUUGCACAAUGUAAUGGUGUACCAUCUGAUAAACCAGUAAACCUGACCAGUGACACUUGGCUAUCUCCUAACUCAUCCAAGAAGAAGAAACCUUUGUCAUAGCUUUCACCAUCAAUCACAGUGAUGUUCAAACAUUGUAGACUGGAACCAAUGAGUGUUCUAAUAUCCUUGGAGACUGAAACCAUUAACAGCUACCUAGCUGUUCAUAGCUUUUACCACUAGAAUAUCAAAUCAGACUGAGGGGAUGAAAAGACAUACCUUGCAGAAGUCUCAUAUGGUGAAAAACAUUGAACAUUUCUAAAGUGGACUUGUGAUAAUUCAGAAAACAUAAGUAAAUGUUUGUAAAUAUAUAUGUAUAGUAAAAAAAAUAUUUAUCAGAUAUUUUUUUCUGUAAAUGUGAUUACUUAUGGAACCUAUGAAUGUCUUAGUCUUGUCGAAUGGCCGCACUUUAACACGACUCCAUGAGAAAAACAACUUUAUUUUCUCUUACAGUUAUGAUAAACUAGAAAGCAAUUUUACAACAUUUCAUGUCAAGCUUUUCUUGUACAGCUUUUUUUUUCACUUUAAUAAUUAAUCAUCUUUGUGGAAAAGCCCUAUUUUGAAAUGCAAUUACCAUGACUACAUCAUUGAUGUCUCUCCACAACCUCUUAGACAAGACAGGUGAAUCUAUCUGAGUCAGUUCUAUAGGAAGUUAUGUUUGUCUUAUAUGAAAUUGAGGAUGAAUGAAAAUAAUAAAUAGCAUGUUUUUAUCUAUGAAAUUGCUUCCACUGAUAAGGUAAUUGUGAUUAAAAGGUAAACUUAUUAAAGCAGACUUAGCUGUAAAUCUAUCAUACCUUUUAGGAAUUAAGGCAAAAGUGCCAUCAACUUCUUUCACCUCCAAAACAUGUCUACAAUGCUUUGUAUUUUUUUGUGUGUAAACAGGCUUUUUUUCACAGCUUUUCCAUUGAUAAGUUCAUGGGAGUUUAGAAAUACGUUGCCAUCAUUUCAUGGUUGGCCCUAUCACCCAUAGAAAGCAUUUGGUAAUGCACAGGAAAAGACAUAACUUUCCUGCGCACAGAAAAAAUGUCAGUCAUUUUCCCUUUUGCUGCUAGAUGUAAGCCAAGAAUAGAUUUGAAUUUGGCAACAAUGCUCCUGUUCCAGCCCCUGUUGCUGCUAGUUUCUUAUGUCAUACAUUGUUCACUCCCAUACAUUAAUUCUUCCGGUAGUGGUUCUAAUGAUUCAUAGAUCUCUUGAAGUUUAGACCAUUUGUUGCCAAAUUUGUGGUAAAGUUGCUUAUUUCCCAUGUUUUAUACCAAAAUAGAGAAAGUAUUGCAUCAAGCAACUCUGCUUGAAUCUUUGCUUCUUUUAAUCAGAUAUUAUUUACUUUAUUUACAUUGUAUAUAAACUUUUCUUUAGAAAUAUGAAAAGAACAUUAAAUGUUUCUGAUGUAAACCAAGUUAUUCAGGUUUUUUGCAUGAAAAUGAGUAUAACAAUGGUUGAAUGAGUGUUGAAAGUUAUUUGAAAAAAAUUGUGUAGUUUGCUUGAAGAAUUCUUUACCUUUUUUAGGCGUGUAAAGGUUUUGCAUAGUGUAUCACUUGUAAAAGAAAGACAUGUUGAAAAGAGGGCAUGGACAAUCCUACUUUUGCAUUUUCUGCUCUAAAUUCACCAAACCCACAAAAGUAAUCAUUAGAAAAUAUCUUCAGCUAAAUAUUGAAAUGAAUAUGGAAAAAAAGUUUGAGUGUGUCUAUGGAGAUCUAACACUAAGUUAUUUUUUUUAUUCAAAAGAUAAAAGGCUGGCUGGGUGAUAAAAUCUACAUUGAUUCGUUGCUUUGUUGCUGCUUAACGACGACAGUUCUGACCUUAGUACGAUGAAAACAAAGUAUAAGAAACAGCACUGAAAAUUUCAGAAAGAUUUGUAAACUUUCAGAUAACGAAACGGGGAAACUUGAUCACGACGUUCAGCACAAAGUAUGAAUACAAUGUUUGUGUAUUAUUAAGCAUUGUUGUAGGCAUGCCAAAUGCCGCCCUGCUGUACGGGGCGCUAGGGCAUUGUUUUCAUCAGCCGGUCAGUUGCUAUGGCUUGAGAUUAGAAAUGCCCAGAUGUUUGCCCCAGCCUAUAGUGAAUACUUUUGUCAUUUAAGAGUGCUAUCAAAUUUUAAACUUGUUGCUAUAUAUUGAUGAGACCAUGGACUGCUGAACUUAAGAUCAUGGUUUGUAAUGGCAUUAAUCUUAAAUUUAGCGCCCUCUGACAAAAGUAAACAUUUGCUGUUGGACCUUUCUCAUUAUAUCCACUUAACUGAAAUCUUCAUAAAGCAUAAUUUUGAAUCAACAGGUUUACAUGAUUUAUGUGAAUCCGGAUCAUAGAGACUUGAAUUUACAUUAUCCCACUUUUCUAAUUAGAUAACCAGUCUUGUAGAUGCUUUCCCCAGAUAAAAAAAAACUUUGUUUACAGAUCUAUAGUUUCAGUCCGGUAGACCAAUCACAUGGAUGCUGACCUGCACUUUUUCCAUAAGAUGAAGAAAACAACCAAGCUUGUAUUUCUUUUGUAAUUUGUCAGAGCUCAUUUUAAGAUACCUAAGUUUAAGAUAAGGUUUCAUUCCCAAACAUGGAAAAAAAAACAUAGGAAACAAGGGAAAUAAUCAAUGAUAACACUAACCAGAAAUGAGUAGCAUUUGUCUUUCCAAGUCAUGAGUUCAAUAUUAUCAGGACUGUUCAAAUUAGCACAAGUUUUCAUGAGUUUUAGGAAUGAUUGUAAUUUGCAAUCAUUUCUAAUCUGACUUGGAAUUAAUUGUAUCAAUCAACUAUACAAUUAAUUACUACUCUUUGACCACAGACAGUUAACUAUUUUAAUAAGUUGCAAAAUAUUUCUUUGACUUUGAAGGUCAAAC